AUGUUUGCGCCCUUUUCUCGUGUCCUUGGGCUUCUGCGGUCCUGGCUGCCUCUAAGUCAGGCACGAGUCACCUUCCAGGGCCAGCGUUGGAGAGGAGGGAGGCUAGGCGGGGUCAAGGCGGACCCAGGUGCUCAACCCACGGCGACCCAGGUGUGGAAGAGGCGGCGAGUGCGGGGCCAGGACCUGCGGGGAGCAAAGGGGAUGGAACUCGGAAGGACCCCGAGCCUGGACACAAUGCAAGGAGAGAGAGACUCCUAUCAGAUUCUCUUACAGGUGAAACUUGCCUUCCCACCAUCGCCUCAAAUAGAGGAGCGAAAGCUGUAG